UCUUCUUCUCUUUUCCUCUCUCUCUUAGACAUAAUUAAGCAUUCAAUUUCAAACCUCUCAUCUCUUCAUCUUCCUCUAAUUCUUGUCAAGAUUUUCUGUAUAUAUACAAAAAAAUAUUUAUUGUAUAUAUACAGAACCAGAGACGAAAUAUAUAUAUACAGAGAGAGAGAGAUAGAGAGAAUAUGGAUGUUUGGUUCUGUAGCAAUGGCGGAAGUUUUCCGAAUCUGUUUCUUCUUCUGACGUUGAUGAUCUUCUGUUUCUGUAAUUUCAUUGCAGAUGCUUCUUUCAAUGUUACUACAAUCCGUUUCAAUGAAGGUUAUUCGCCUCUAUUCGGCGACGGUAACCUUGUUCGUUCUCCCGAUGGAAAAUCCGUUCGUCUUCUCCUGGAUCGCUUCACCGGCUCUGGAUUCAUCUCGUCGAAGAUGUAUAAUCAUGGAUUCUUUAGCGCUAGAAUCAAAUUGCCGUCCGAUUACACCGCCGGCAUCGUUGUAGCUUUCUAUACCUCAAACGGUGACGUGUUUGAGAAGAAUCACGACGAAUUGGACUUCGAGUUUUUAGGGAACAUUGAAGGGAAGCCAUGGAGGUUUCAGACAAAUCUGUACGGAAACGGAAGCACGAACCGGGGGCGGGAGGAACGCUACCGGCUUUGGUUCGACCCGACCAAGGAAUUCCACCGAUAUAGUAUUCUUUGGACCGCUCAUAAUGUUAUAUUUUACAUUGAUGAAGUUCCCAUUAGAGAAGUGGUGAGAAAUGAAGCAAUGGGUGGAGAUUACCCUUCAAAGCCAAUGUCUUUAUAUGCCACAAUUUGGGAUGCUAGCAAUUGGGCUACCUCAGGUGGCAAAUACAAAGUAAACUAUAAAUAUGCACCCUUUGUUUCUGAAUUCAAGGACCUUGUUUUAGAAGGCUGCGCUUCUGAUCCCAUCCAGGAGGUUCUAGAACCCUCCGACUGUACCGACGUCAAUGUCCGCCUCAACGCCCAAGACUUUGCCACCGUAACGCCCGAGCGUCGUGCUGCCAUGCGCAACUUUCGCCAGCAUUAUAUGUACUACUCGUAUUGUUACGAUACACUCCGAUACCCUGUCCCACCUCCAGAAUGUGUCAUUAGUCCGACCGAGCAAAAGCGUUUUAAGGAUACCGGAAGGUUGAAGUUCGGCGGAAGCCAUCGCCGUCGCUCGAGACGACGCAGCAGGAACCCUACUGUUUCCCUGAAUGACCAAUCUAGCAUGUAAUAACGUGUGUGUUCACAGAUUCAUUAUAGAGAUUAAAGAAAAAGUAUUCUUUACUUUGUUUAUUCUGUCAACUUUGUGUAUGUAUGUUGUGUUCAAUAAAACAAUAAUAUAAAUCUAUUGGUUUAAUUUUUAAUAA